GAUUCAAGGUCCAGUCUGCACCAACUCGAAGAGCACCGAACAUCCCUCUUCAACAGGAUGGAUCAGAUUCGUUUUGGGUGGGCACUUUCUGCCCCUCCUCUGGAAACUGACGAAAUCAUGGGUGGACAUGGAAUUUGAACUUGCUGCCGGCUCAUGUCUCCAGUCUUUUCGUGGGCACCAGAGGAAGAAAGAGCACUGAAGUCUACUGCUCGCAUUUGGAGCAUCAGAGAUAUUUGCACUUUUUUGUGAAGGAUUGAAUUUGGAGAAUCAGGAAUAGCCAAGAUUGCCCACAGAAAAAAAACUGAGAUGUUAUUGGACGUGAAGCACAUCCUCUGGCUGGUCUGUGUCUGCAGCGCUGCUGUAACCAAAGAUGACUCUCCUCGUAGGAUGAGGGUGGAGAGGAGUUCUCCGGUGCAAGGCACGCUGGCGGAGCAGGUGGUGCUGCCCUGCCAUUUCUCCAUCCUCCCACCUCUUACCGGCAGCUCCAGCACCACCACCACUGCGGCCACGGCCUCCAGCGCCCACCCGGAUCAUCUCCGCAUCAAGUGGACUAAACUCGUGGGCGAAGAGGAAAUCAUAGUGAUCGUGACCCAGAACGGGUUCCUCAAGAUCGGGCCAGAGUUUAAAGGCAGAGUAUCGGUUCCCAGCCACUCUGAGGACGAGGGCGACGCGUCUCUGACCAUAGAAAGGCUCAGGGCCAGUGAUGCGGGCUCUUACCGCUGCGAGGUCAUGCACGGGAUCGAAGACACUCAAGAGUCCGUCUCCCUGCAUGUCAGUGGUGUUGUGUUUCAUUACCGCGCCAGCAGCAGUCGCUACACUUUAGAUUUCGAGCACGCCAAGCAGGCCUGUAUCGAUGUGGACGCGACCAUCGCCACCCCUGAGCAGCUUUAUUCAGCCUACGAGGAUGGAUUUGACCAGUGUGACGCCGGAUGGCUGGCCGACCAAACCGUCAGGUACCCCAUAACAAGGCCACGUGAAGGUUGCCAUGGCGAUAUGAUACUGAAACCGGGAGUCAGAUCAUACGGAUUCAGAAAUUCUUCCGAAAUGUAUGACGUGUACUGCUAUGUAGGCAAACUGCAGGGUGAGGUGUUUUUCGCUGAUGCUGAUGCUAAGGUGACUCUAGAUGAGGCCAGGGAGGCGUGCGAGAAAAAGGAUGCUGUUUUAGCAUCUCCAGGUCACCUGCAUGCAGCCUGGAGGAACGGCUUGGACCGCUGCGACUUCGGCUGGUUGUCUGACGGCAGCGCCCGCUACCCCAUCGCUGUACCCAGAAUGCAGUGCGGCAGAGGACAGCUGGGUGUGAGGACUAUGUACCGCUUCAACAACCAGACGGGAUUUCCUUUACCGAGCGAGAAGCUGGGAGCUUUCUGUUUCAAAGGAUGGGAUCCCACAACUGUACCCACAGCUGGACCCACAACACCUCCAGUUCUCUCAGUCACCCAUCAAAUGUCUUCCCUUAAAGCAGUCUCUUCCAUGCCAGCCCAUGGCACCACAGAAGAGCCUCCAUCUAUGUUCUCUGCAAGCAUGGCUCCUCACCACAGAGGCACUCCUGAAGCGUAUCCCACUGCUGAAGCCAUUGCUGUUGUACCACCUAAAGAGACAAUUUCAGAUAUGGAAACCACAACCACAUUUAAAGACUAUGACAUCUCCGAAGAUAAAGACAGCUCCUUGGUGCAAGCAGAACCCAUUGGUGUAAAUAAUUACUUUCCUGUCCAGCCACCCCCGGAUGCUUCCACAACUGAAAUGUCACAUUAUUCUGAUUCCUUCUUUUCUAUCCAGCUACCCCGUCAGCCCACCGCAGGGAACACAAAUUCUGUGAUGGAUACCCCGCAUGGGGAAUCCAGUGGUGUGGAGGGUAUCAGCAGUGGUGACACAGAGACUCCUGAGAGUGUGAUUCCUGCUUCACCUGUGUUUAUUACAAACUUGCAAGGAGAUCCAGACAAGCCAAAAAUUGUGUACAAAGAGAACGAAACCACAACAAACUUGACUGAUGAAAGGCUGGACUUGCCUGAGUCCACUUUGACAACCUUUGACAACCCAAUUCAUGGCCAGCAAACUGAAGUCACAAAAGACAACGACUUUCCACAAGACAUCAAAAUUCUCGUAUUAAACAUUUCAGACAUAAAUCAAUCAGGUGAUUCUGUUGAUACUGCGGCAGUUGCUGUUCUAAAAUUCAUUGAGGAACCAGGGCUUUCUGCUCCAUUUCUAACAUCUGAAGACAGUGAGCCACCUUUGGGCAGUGGAGACCGUACAGAUUUAUCAGCUUCUGUUACCUUCACCCCAGAAGUGAGUUUCAUUAACGGAAAGCACGAGCUAACUCUGAAACCAGAGAAUGACCAAACUGGGGAGGUUAGAGGAGACCAAUUUGAAACUGCUGUGCCACCAACAGACGAAAACAUCCCUGAUGAUGAAUUAGAAAUACUUACGGACGUGGCUGAAGGCACCACAUCUUCCCCUGAAACAGACAAAUCUGGCUCAACAACCAGAAGCCCAACUGAGCCACAUUUCACACCAGAGAGCCUGGAAAAUAUAACCACGACAGAGUUUCCCACUUUUGCAACCAAAUCCUCAAGCCAGGAGAUGACCCCACAAGCCAUAUCAUUUAGCAUGCACGAAGAAGGUUCGGGAAUGCGCUCAACAGAUGAUGAAGAGGAACUCACCCCCUUGGAAGGUUCUGCAGAUGACACAUUGCCAACAACUAGUGACACAUAUGUGGUGGCUACCGACGAAACUGAAAUAGCUGAGACAAAGAUGCCUACACUGGCAUUUGGGGUGGACUGCGAUACCAAAGGACCAACUGUUACAACUCCAGAAUCCAGCACUGUAGAAAUGAAGAAAACGAAGGACAAAAAAAUAAAACCAGAAACAGACGAUUUUGAAGGCUCAACCUCCACUGAAGAUGAGGGUUCGGGACAAGAUAUUUAUGCAACAGAAGAAUCAAAACACCCAACUUUAUCUCCAUCUUUCACUGUUUCAUCUCACAGCUUUACAAGUUCCUUUCCAAGUACUCACCCCGAAGGGCCAAGACAACCUGUUAGUUUAUCUUUGACCAGUACGGACCCUACGAUUCAGGUGGUUUCAGCUUCUCAAACAGAUGCAAUCCCAGAAGAAAGCACUGUGAGAAAGACACACUCUGAGAAAGACCAAAACACAAGCACAACUAAGAGUCCAUUAUUGGUGCCUGAGAUUAAAAAAGAUGUAAGUACUAUCUUCGCCAUCUCUGAGGACAUGGGCUCUGGUGAUCAGCCAACUGAAGCAUUCUCAAAGCAACCUUUCUCUGCAACUACUGUUCCAUCUCUUCUCAUUCAACAAACUGAAGAAAUGAGCAUUGGUGCGUAUGAUGAAGCGACUAAAGUAUUUGAAGGUUCUGCAGAAGACACAACACCACUGACUUUCACUAGUGUCCGAACUCAAACAAAAUUCACAACCCAAAUUUCAGAGACCACAGUUCUCCCCAUUGAUAGUCAUAGAGUAGUAAUGUUGUCCUCCCAAGAAACUGUUUUAAUCCAAGAAUCACCUUCAUAUGAGACAACAUCCUCAGUGCAUUCAUUAGAGUCUUCAGGCUCCAAUGGAACUGAUCUAAUCCAAGAAUCACAUUCAGAAGAGACAACCACCUUAGUGCAGUCAUUGGGGAUUUCAGACUCCAAAGAAACUGAUCUAAUCCAAAAAUCACCUUCAGAAGAGACAACAACCUCAGUGCAGUCAUCAGGGUCUUCAGGCUCCCAUGAAACUAAUCUAACCCAAGAGUCACCUUCAGAGGAGACAACCACAUCAGUGCAGUCAUUGGGGACUUCAGAUUCCAAAGAAACUGUUUUAAUCCAAGAAUCACCUUCAUAUGAGACAACCACCUUAGUGCAGUCAUUGGGGACUUCAGAUUCCAAAGAAACUGAUCUAAUCCAAAAAUCACCUUCAGAAGAGACAACCACCUCAGUGCAGUCACCAGAGGGUUCAGGCUUCCAAGAAACUGAUCUAAUCCAAGAAUCACCUUCAGAAGAGACAAACACCUCGGUGCAGACAUCAGAGACUUUAGAUUCACAAAAAACUGUUCUAAUCCAAGAAUCACCUUCAGUGGAGACAACCACCUUAGUGCAGUCAACAGAGACUCUAGGCUUCCAAAAAACGGAUCUAAUCCAAAAAUCACCUUCAGAAACGACAACCACCUCAGUGCAGUCACCAGAGGGUUCAGGCUUCCAAGAAACUGAUCUAACCCAAGAAUCACCUUCAGAAGAGACAACAACCUCAGUGCAGUCGUCAGAGGGUUCAGGCUCCCAAGAAACUGAUCUAAUCCAAAAGUCAACUUCAGAGGAGACAACCACCUUAGUGCAGUCAACAGAGGGUUCAGGCUCCCAAGAAACUGAUCUAAUCCAAAAAUCAACUUCAGAGGAGACAACCACCUUAGUGCAGUCAACAGAGACUCCAGGCUUCCAAAAAACAGAUCUAAUCCAAGAAUCACCUUCAGAAGAGACAACAACCUCAGUGCAGUCGUCAGAGGGUUCAGGCUCCCAAGAAACUGAUCUAAUCCAAAAGUCAACUUCAGAGGAGACAACAACCUCAGUGCAGUCGUCAGAGGGUUCAGGCUCCCAAGAAACUGAUCUAAUCCAAAAAUCUACUUCAGAGGAGACAACCACCUUAGUGCAGUCAACAGAGACUCCAGGCUUCCAAAAAACAGAUCUAAUCCAAGAAUUGCCUUCAGAAGAGACGACCACCUCAGUGCAGUUGUCAGAGACUUCAGAAGAGACAAUGCAAGAAAUACUACUUUCUACGUUUGAAUUCCCAACGGAGAAGCCUCUUACCUCAUUUACCCAAGUUUCCAGUUAUCCCACCACCAGUGUUGCCACCGACUUAAAUGAGCAUGAGCCAGUUCACGUCUUGGACAGAGAAACUACUUCUGCAACAGAAGACGUUUUCACCACCCCUAAAGCCACAAGUACUGUGGCAUUUGAAGAUAAUGUUGUAGAUUCCAAAGAUACAGCGGGUCCCUCAAUUGUUGAAGGACAACCGCCAUUAAAUGAGGACAAGCCAGUUCAGAUCUUGGACAGAGGAACUACUUCUGCCACAGAAGACGUUUUCACCACUCCUAAAGCCACAAGUACUGUAACAUAUGAAGAUAAUGUUGUAGAUUACGAAGAUUCAGCAGCUCCCUCAGUUGUUGAAGGACAACCGCCAUCCAGGGAAGAGCUCACCACAAGAAAACCAGACGUCUGGACCGAUUCCAGCUACACUGUUGAGAGCCAUAUGGAGAAUUGGCAAGAUCUCACAAUUUGCUCUGUCAGUGUGUGUGAAAAUGGCGGAACUUGCUUUACUAAUGGAAAUAGAAACAUAUGUUUCUGCGCACACGGAUUCAGUGGGGAACAUUGUGAAAAUGAAAUUGACGAAUGCCAGUCAAACCCUUGUCGCAAUGGAGGUACAUGCAUUGACGGGUUAAACACUUUCAGCUGUGUUUGUCUGCCCAGCUAUUCAGGAUCCCUCUGUGAGAAAGAUACGGAGGUUUGUGACUAUGGAUGGCACAAGUUUCAGAGCCACUGCUACAAAUACUUCACACACCGGCGGACAUGGGAAGCGGCGGAAAGAGAGUGCCGUCUGCAGGGCGGUCACCUCACCAGCGUUCUGUCCCAUGAAGAGCAGCUCUUUGUUAAUCGUUUGGGACAUGACUAUCAGUGGAUCGGACUGAAUGAUAAAAUGUUUGACAAUGAUUUCCGCUGGACUGAUGGACACCCUAUGCAAUUUGAGAACUGGAGAGCGGGUCAGCCGGACAGCUUCUUCUCCACGGGCGAGGACUGCGUGGUUAUGAUCUGGCAUGAGAGCGGCCAGUGGAACGACGUGCCGUGCAAUUACCACCUGACUUUCACCUGCAAGAAGGGCACAGUGUCCUGUGGUCAGCCUCCUGUGAUAAAGGACGCUCAUAUCUAUGGCAGCAUGAAGGCACGUUAUGAGAUCAACUCUCUGAUCAGGUACCACUGCAAGGAAGGCUUCAUCCAAAGACACGUUCCCACUAUCAGAUGCCGAGAAGACGGCUACUGGGACGAGCCCAAAAUCACAUGCUUGAAUCCAUCUACCUACCAGAAGAUGUAUGCACACAAAUAUCAGAACAACAACUAUUACAACAACAGUAAGAGACGCUACAGUGAGUCGACGCAGUACCGCCAACGCUGGUCAAAAACAGCAGAUGAUUCCAAACACUGAUCUCCAACCAGAGCUACAGAUGCUUCACAUCUACAGAGAAGAUCUUUAGUCUAAAAGGGCAAAGCCAAACCAUGUGCCUGAUGAAUGUUUUAGAGCCGAGAAAUUACCCUGAGGGACUGCAAAAAAAACAAAAAAACAAAAAAAACAAACACCAUCACCCACCCACCGAGAGUGUACUUUGACUAUGCAACAGUCUGCAUUGCAUAUUGUAAUAAUGUCUUAACAUUUUGACAUGGGGCGGGGGGGGUUUCUGGCUGAAAUGUAUAUAGUAAAGAUAAUGAACAAGUAAAAACAGCUGUGAAUGGUGACUAUUAUUUUGUUUAAUUCAUCCGUAACUUUUGCUUACGAGGAACUGGAUUUCCUGUACUCAGUAAGAGAGCACUAUGGUUCGAGCAGAGUAUAAACAGAACAAUUACAGUACGCAAGUGU